GGUUAGCAUUAUUUAGAGGUUAGGGUUAGGGCUAGGGCAGGGCUAUUCAAUUCCAGUCCUCGAGGGCUUCAACACACCUGAUUUCAAUCAGGAGGUGAUUAACAGGCUUCUGCAGAGCCUGAUGAGCCGCUGCACAGGUGACUCAACCACUGAUUCAAGUGUGUUGGAGCAGAGAAACCACUAAAACGUGCUGGAUACCGGCACUCGAGGCCCGAACGUGACUAGUCCUGGGACAGGGUUAGAGUGUAUGAGUGAUUUUUGCUUAUCCUUUCAUUUAUUUUCUUCAAUCUCUCGCAAGAACCAAAUCGUUAGGCGUAGGGUUCGGGUUGAGGUCAUUUUAGGAGUCAGGAUUUUUGGCUAGGGUUUUAUUUUUGUCUUUAUUUUAGUUUUUCUUUUAUGUAUUUCCUUUAUUCCCAUCCACAAACCACACUGCAAUGACAAUAAAGAUAACUGAAUUUAAUAAAUCUGAUUUACAAACAUUUAUUUACGCUUCUUCUAAUGGAUGUAAAUCGUGUAAGGUUUUCAGGAGUGCACGUUAAUCGAAGCACACCUAAGAAGAUCUACAAUUUGGCUCAUGGCAACAACCGUAUUGGCUGUGCAGGAUUAUACCCUAUUAAUGGACCGUCCCUAGCUUCACCUGCUCUUAAGUAUCAACAGUAGAAUGUCACGAGCGACAUGUAUAUCAUGAAUCCGCCAAACUCAGAGUAUCAAAACAAACCAGCCACGUACGUUUACGUGAGCUCAAGGAAAGUAAAUCCCAAUCAUAUCAAGUUUCCUCACCUUUAUGUGUCAGAAACAAGAUUUGAGCACCACAUUGGGAAUAAACCUGCACCUCGCUACCUUCAGCAUGAGUUAAAUGUGAACGCGGGAGCGGACAAUACUCUGGGAAAGGGAAAAUGUGUGCUUAACCAAUACAAUGGGCUGGUUAGACACAACUCUGAUCCUGAGCUGAAAGCUAAAGAAAAAGAGGAAGGGAGUUGUUUCUAGAUAAAUAUCUGUUAAUGGGCUGUAAUGACGCGUAAUGACAGACAAGAGCUUCCUACUAAACACAAGGAAAAAGAGGGGAACAAACAAACUAAUCUUGAUAAUUUUGUCUGCCAUUUUGCCAGGUCUCGAGUAUUUUAGAGGAAUCUGGGAAUCAGCCCCCAUUUCUACAGCUACUGUCCAGGGAGAAGGUCGGCAGCAACAUUUGGCAGUUUUUCUGGUAAAUAUAAAUGAGACCUUCGCCCUGGAGUAUUCCUGACCCAACACUGAGGAGUCAACGACGACGUGGAGAUUAAGGGGGCCUAUAGCGAGUGAUAAAAACCAACCAUGACAGCCACGAUGGAAACCCUUGAUCCUUCAGCUUUAACAGAUGUCCCCUCGACCGUCUCCUUCCAGUGCACACCAGAGACGGUGACCCUACCUAAAGGAGUUGUCUCGGUGGUAGGCAUCACCGUGGUGACUGGGGGUGUGGAGCUCUCCUGUCGAUCCUGCAUGAUGGCCUUUGCAUUUUGGGGGGCGCUGAUUGGUUUCAGCUGUGUGGCCGUGGGGCUGUGGGACCAGUUGAGUCAGCUGCAGGCAGGAGUCUCUCAUCUACUGGGACUUGGGUUUGUGAUUCUGGCCUUCAGCUUUGUGAUGGUGGCCAGCACAGCAUUGUUUCACGUCCUGACGAAGAAGAAGAGAAUGAUUAUACGAGAGGAAAGACAGGAUGGCAAACAAGUUCUUGUGGAGGGUGAAGAAGUGAUUAAAAAAGUCACAGUAUAAAAGAAGACUGAGAUAAAAUGAUUAUGUACUAAACCGUCCAGAGGGGGGCCCUCUUUCCUGUUCAAAACAUUCUCACUCCUUAUCAGCGGCACCCAAAAACUCCUGUUUCUUCUUUUGUCUUAACUAUUUAGCGUUUGUUAUUUUAGGGAAAUGUGUUCUUUCAGGCUAUGAAUUCACAAGCUGUGUUCUACAUCUCUACAACGCGCCUUUUUACAUUUCUACGACAUCUUGUGUACUUUUUUACUCAGCUAAAAUGAUGAUAGAGAUUUUAAGCUACAAAAUAUUUCUUAUGUUUAUUUCAUAAGAAGCCUGCAUGUGAAACUCAGAGUGACUUUCGUAUACUUCAAAAAUAACAAGUGAAAAACAGUUUCUCAGUGAACUUGGUCUUUAAUAAAAUAAAUAAAUAAACUAGCUACUGUUCAAUAGUCAGAAAAAAUGUUGGAUUAAACAAACCUCACCAGAUGCUGCUAUUAAGUCAGCAUAUAAGCUUGUAGUCUAUAUUAAAUCAAUAUUAUUAAUAUAUUAUAUUUAUAUUCUCUUUUUUGGCAUAUUUUCCUUUUAAAUUUGAUUAUUUAUCCAUAUAGUUAACCUCAUAGUCUGCAACUUCUGCCUUUUAUAUCUUCAUUACAUUUAUUUUGUGUGAUAAUUUUAUUUUUUAAUACUAACUUUGUUGCAUAAAAUUGCUUUAAAGAACUUACUUUGUCAUGUAUCAUAGCACAAAAUUAUGUCAUUCUCAUGCUAAUUUUGUAAUACUAUCAAGAACCUAGCUUUGAUUAGUUUACAACAUCCUGAAUCAUUUACUUUAAAUGCUCUUCAUUGAUUGUGUUGAUGCCUGCAGGUAGGCCUAAUCUGGGAGGGGCAUGAACCAGCACUAGCUUUGGUCUAUUUCGAUUUGAAACCCCUGCUGUAAAUGCACACGUGUGUAAAAUGUGUAAACCCCUUGGGGGGUCACGAACCCCAGGUUGGGAAAUGUGUACUGAAAUAAACAUUCAUUCAUUCA